GAGGGGAGAGAGGGCGGGGUUUAUAAACCCUACCGGCGCGAGGGAGGGAGGUGACGACGGCGGCGGCGGUCGGUGCGUGCGUGGGGGCGCGCCCCUAGGAGCAGCGGCAGGCAGCGCAGGGUUUUUGCCGAGAUUUUCCUAAAAAAGGGACGUCGCCGCCGUACCUGAGAAAAAGAAAAAGAAUACGAGGCGAAAACAAACACCUCCCUCCGUCCUCUUCUUCUUCCUCCUCCGUCCUCUUAUUCUUUCUCCCCGUUCGGUUUCAUCCCAAUCCCGGGGAGAGGGGGCGGAGCCGGCCGCCGCCGCCGCUGCCGCGACGCCUAUGGACGGCCUGCACGGUACGGACGGGUGCUUCUCGCCCGGGAGGUCCAUGUCGCCGCAGGUCAGAGCCCCCGGCCCGCCGCCGGACGCUGGCGGGCAGUACUUGGCGGAGUUGUUGCAGGAGCAUCAGAAGCUGGGGCCGUUCAUGCAGGUGCUCCCAAUCUGCAGCAGGUUGCUGAAUCAAGAGAUAAUGCGGGUGUCUGGAAUGUUUCGCCAACCUGGUGUAGGGGAUUUCGAGAGGUUGCCACCUGCAAGUCCAAAUCAGAUGCAUCCGUCGCAGAUCAUGCCCAAUUUCUGUGGUAAUGGUUUCGGUCCGUGGAACGGGAUGCGUCCAGAGAGAGUAAGUUUCUCUCAAGGACCUAUCAGUUGGCAAGGAUCACCACAAAGCCCCUCUUCAUACAUUGUCAAGAAGAUCUUGCGGUUGGAAAUACCAACAGAUGCUUUCCCUAAUUUCAAUUUUAUCGGUCGCCUUCUUGGACCAAGGGGAAAUUCGUUGAAGAGGAUUGAAGCCUCUACAGGUUGCCGUGUUUUCAUCAGAGGAAAGGGCUCAAUUAAAGACCCUAACAAGGAGGAACAACUUAAAGGAAGAGCUGGGUAUGAACACUUGGAUGACCCCCUGCAUAUCUUGAUUGAAGCUGAGCUACCUGCCAAUGUCAUUGAUGCUAGACUUGCAAAAGCACAAGAAAUCCUAGAAGAGUUGCUGAAGCCAGUGGAUGAAUCACAAGAUUACUACAAGAGGCAGCAACUCCGAGAACUUGCUAUGUUGAACUCACCACUUAGGGAGGAAAGUCCACUUCCUGGCAGUGCUUCUCCCUUCAGCAAUGGUGGCAUGAAACGGAUGAAACAAUAACUGGAUGCUUGCUCCUCCCCCUUGACCCUCUCAAGAGAAAUCAAUCAAUCCAUGCCUUCACAACUUAAUUUUUCAUGAGCAAGAUUUCAUGAUGGUGUUGGCAUUGCGCGGCAUCUGUUACAGCUAGAAUUUUGAUCUCCAUGUGACAUUUAACUCAUAACUGACUGAUAUGAUCGAUGAGUAGCGAGCGAAUCCUCCUCUGUGUCUGUAUAAUUAGAACAUUUGAUUUAUUUCUUACUGAUAGUGCUGAGAUAUUGGUAGUGUGAAGAGUUCUGAGUUACUGUGAAUUCUGAGUUACUGUGACCUGUCUGAGGCUCUGAGCAACAUAUGUUUGCAAGCUGCUAUCAAAGCAUCUGUCAAGAUGAAAUAUUCUUGAGUCUUAUACUAGGUUGAUAAGUUGAUAACCAUGUCAUAUAUAUAUGAUGUUUCUCAUUGCUGGGUUGCUGCUGAUGUUAGGAUACACGUUAGAAAGCAAAAUUCUCCUGCAGUUAGAUGCACAAUGCUUUUAUGGAACACUUGUUUUUGGCUAAGCUGAAAGAGCUUUCGCAACGCAUGAAGACGAUGUGCGCCUGCUGGCUAGCGUGUGCGCAAAAUAGAUGAUAAAUAAAAAAAUG